AUGAGCGCGAUCCUGUCGGCUGACGACUUGAACGAUUUCAUUUCGCCUGGGGUCGCGUGCAUCAAGCCCGUCGAGUCACUGCCCCAGAAGAGUACAAAGGACACCGAGGUUGGUGGUGUUUCGUCCUUUUUGUCGGAUCUGCAUGGCCCCUCAUUUGCUAACUCUCAAUCUCAGAACCCUUACGAAGUAACGACAGAAGACAAAGUACAGCCUGAAAACCUACCUCCGGCCCAGAUUUCUUUGACAGACUGCCUGGCCUGUUCCGGUUGUGUCACCUCGGCGGAAGCGGUUCUGAUCUCUUUGCAGUCUCAUGCAGAGGUCCUAAACACUCUCGAUGCCUAUCCAGAAAUCCCAUUGCCACAAGAGCAGGGGGCCACGCUCGCAGAUACUGGGAACUUGGGGGAUGGCAAGAUAUUCGUUGCCAGUGUGAGCCCGCAGGUUAGAGCUGGCUUGGCCGCCACGUACGGGUUGUCGGAGAAGGAAGCGGGGUACAUGAUUGAUCAUCUCCUACGGGGCCCGCAGGGACUACGCAGCGGUGGAAAGCAUGGCAGUGGCUUUACAUGGGUUGUGGACACGAACGUUAUGCGAGAGGCCGUCUUGGUCCUUACUGCCGAUGAAGUUUCAAAUUCAAUCGCCGAGAAGGCCCCCGCCGCCGACGAGUCGGAGCCUGCCCUUCCUAAACGACCCAUCUUGUCAUCUGCUUGCCCGGGUUGGAUUUGUUACGCGGAAAAGACCCAUCCCUUCGUCCUGCCUCAUUUGUCCCGAUUGAAGUCUCCCCAGGCUCUUUCAGGCACCUUCCUCAAGACUGUUUUGAGCAAGUCACUUGGGGUCCCACCGUCUCGCAUCUGGCAUCUAGCGGUCAUGCCAUGUUUCGACAAGAAACUAGAGGCCAGCCGCGAAGAAUUAACUGACGUGUCUUGGCAGCCCACUGGUGUCCAUAACGAGUCUGAACCACAUCAGCCUAUUCGAGAUGUGGAUUGCGUGAUAACGACUCGCGAGCUUCUCUCUUUGGCUGCAUCUCGGGGUCUUUCUUUGCCCAAUCUACCUCUCCAACCACUAUCUCACAUUCACACUCCCCCAUUGCCAGUGAAAGCUUUGGAUUCUUUUAUUUCAUCCAAACGCUAUACUGGUGAGCAGUCCCUCGAAACAGGCACCUCUGGAGGCUACCUUUACCAUGUUCUCAAGACCUUCCAAGCUCGAAACCCUGGUAGCGAUAUUGUGACGAACCGGGGCCGUAAUGCGGAUGUUGUCGAGUACAUUCUCACCUCGCAGGAUGGGCAGCCGAUUCUGAAAGCGGCUCGUUACUAUGGCUUCCGGAACAUUCAAAAUUUGGUCCGGAAGCUGAAACCCACCCGAUCAUCUCGGAUGCCUGGAGCAAAGCCCAUGGCAGCGGGACGCCGUCAGCCCAUGUCCCGAAAUGCUACAUCUGGAGGGUCGGGCUCGGAUUACGCAUAUGUCGAGGUGAUGGCUUGCCCUGGUGGCUGCACGAAUGGCGGCGGGCAGAUUCGGGUAGAGGAUGCCAGAGAUGCUGCUGGAUCUUCAGAGGCCGGAACAUUGGAAGAUGGUACGGCGUCCAAGCCAUCUCCACAUGAGCAGCGAGCGUGGCUUGCCCGGGUUGAUGAGGCAUACUUCUCUAUGGAAUCCGAUACGGAGUCUGAGCAAGACCAAAAGCCCACUCAGCUCUCGAUAAGCGAGAAAGAGGCCCUUAUUCAUAAGGACUUGCGCUCCUGGUCAAACUUUAUGGGUAUACCCCUUUCGAAGCUGGUAUAUACGACUUAUCGCAAAGUGGAGAGCGACGUCGGUAAAGAUCAGACCUCCGCCAACGACACCACUAAAGUGGUCGAGCUUGCUGGUAAGAUCGGUGGUGGGUGGUAA